AUGGUUUUCCUCAAGUGUUGUUUCCAGAUGGAGCGAACCGGAGGUGUUGGACUGCACAUUUCUCCAUUUAUCAAGCCACAGGAUAUCGGCAGUUUGCUGAACAAGGCUGGCUUUGACCUGGUGACACUCGACAGUGACGAAAUCCAGGUUGGAUAUCCAAACAUGAUGGCAUUGAUGUACGACUUGCAACUAAUGGCCGAAUCGCACUGUACGUUCUCGCGAAGUCGGACGAUACGUAAGGAUGUCCUUUUGGCAGCCGAUGCUAUAUACAGA